CGAAAAUGUGGCGCACGCCGCGGAGAGGUUAUGUUUACCCCCGGUCUCAGACGUCGACGAAAGAUCUGCACCUUUUUUGCUACUCGCCGGGCGAAAGUUUUCUGGAAAUUUUGAGGGUCUCCACCCCAGCGACGCGCGUCUUCCCCGCACGCGCGCGCGCGCGUGCGGAGGAGGUAGGAGGCGAAGAGGGCGAGGGCAGUGUGCAGAGCAGCCCUCGGUUCUCCCAACCCCGACGGCCGGCGAACGCACAGAUUGGCGAUGGCUAGUGACGUCACACUUCCCUCUUCCAAUGAAAGAACCGGAAGGAACUUUGUUAGCGAGAGCGUGCGCCGAUGCGCGCGGAGGCUGCGGAGGAGUGCUAAGGCGCGAGGUCGUGCUGAGGCCAAUGAGGGUCGUCGCUCGGAAAUUCUCCUCGCCAGUCUUUCCCGAGCUCUCUUGCCCACCCUCGCGUCCUCGUGGAGAGCUCGCAGGAACAUGGCGGGAAUGCCGGACGACGGUGAUGGCCUCGUGCCGGAUCAGAGGCCCCCAUUGGGUGAAGCAGACUCGCUGAAUACAGAGAACGAAGGUGGGCACAGUUUGCUGUUCAGCUUAAGGAGCCUUUGUUCUAUUCUACCUUCUGUUCAUGUGAAGUGACAGCAUACAUAGAAGUUUAAUGAUUAUGACUCUUGCUCUUUCCACAAUCCAGUGGAAUGAGAAAGAGCUUGUUCAG